AUGACGUAAGUAGCUUGCCGCGCAGUGAUGAUGGCGGUUCGUGAACGCGCUGUAAAAGUAAUGGCUGCUCUAGAUCGGCGGGUGCCUAGCUUCGAUGAUUUCGUGGGUCAAAGCUGGACUGCCUGGGCCGACUGGGUCGGCAUGACGGUGGCGGAUGGGCCUGAUGUGGAUGACUGCAAUAAGAAUGGCAAAAAGGCUGCAGAGGCUAUGUCACUCAGUAAAGAGGACAUGUCCAUCUUUGGCCUCUACCCUGGCCAUGACGACUUCUAUCUGGUGGUGUGCAGCCAUUGCAGUCAGGUAGUGAAGCCACAGGCCUUUGAAAAGCACUGUGAGCGAAGACACGGUCCUUUGGCCAAGCUGUACGCCCGGUUGCGCUCUCCCACCCAUGCAUCCCAACCUCAGCAGAGAAGCCACCAUGGCCACUCUCCUUCUUACGGGACCAACGCUGCUUCUGCUUCAUCAUGGGAGGGUCGAAGCCAGGGAGUUGGGCAGCUACGGGCAGCCCCACCUUCACCUGCCACACCACCCCAGUACAGACACUCCAAGAACUCCAAGGAUGGAAUACGACAUUCCUCACUGGAGAAGUCCCACAGCAGUCACUUUGAGUCCACAGUAUUUAAGCAACCGCCACCUCUGGAGCCUCCCAUGAGCUCCCCACCUCCAUCUCUCAGAGAUCCACCCUGGCCACACGGAGACACUCCACCUGGUAGAGCUUCACCCAGCGACAGACACCCAGCAGUGAGGAAGGACUCCUCUCAAACCUCAGCUGUGACAGGCCACCGUAUCCCCAGACCCUACAACAAAGUGGCCUCCAAGAGGAAGUGCGACUUGGACAAACACUGUGGCGUCCUUGACCCUGACAGGAAGAAAGUGUGCACCCGGCUCCUGACAUGCAAUAUCCACUCCAUCCACCAGCGGAGAAAGGUGGUGGGCCGCAGCAAGAACUUUGACCAACUAGUGGCAGAACUCAAGACCAAGGUUCGAGAGAAAGGGCCCCAGGCGCUGGAGGGAGGCUCCUCCACUGGACAGUCCCCCAGCCCAGAGGCCCCCAGGGAGCAAGCUGGUACUCCACACUGCAGGAGACCUUUGGCCACCCUCCCUGCCUUCAGUCGGUCUACGGUCAUGUCAGAGAGUGCCCCAGAGGAAGAGAACCAGCGGUCGGAUGAGGGUAAUCUCCGAGCUCCCUCACCUCUGGUCCAUGGACGAAUCUCCAGUGAUGAAAGUGAGGCAGAAGGAAAUGAGGAGCCAGCUGAGUUCCCAUCUUCUUCUGCACAUCCCAGACCAGUGGCGGUGUGCUCAUUUGGGAGCCAUGUGUUGGGUCAUGGCAUCUACACGUUUGACAGGAGACUACACCACCUGAGGUCUGCACUCAGCAGCAUGCUGGAGCACCACAUCAGCACCCAUCUUUGGAAAAAAAUACCUCAAGCCAUAGACCUUCAGUCUCCUCCUCCUUCAGCCAAGGCCAUCACAUCCUUAUCUCCCGCUACCACGUCAUCAUCUUCGUUACAUUCUAAGGUUCGCACAGGAAGUCAUAUUAGUUCCUCCAUCAAAACUACAUCCUCUUCCAGUCGAGGUCCAGGGAGACCCCCAACAUCCACACAGUCAGAGAACUAUGGGAGCAAUAGCACCAGCAGCAGCAGCAUCGCUGGCGGCCAUGUUGUGCCUCCAGUGGUGCGGUAUGUGGGUCCCGGGCGACCCAAAAAUCCAGUUGGGCGUCCUAGCAAGCAAAUGCUGAAGCUGCGAGAGCAGGCUGCUGCAGCUGCUGCUCUUCGCAAACGCAAAGCCCCAUCCCAGGAAGGAGAGCACUCAGGUCCCGACAGGAACUGCAUCAUCCUCCAGGAUCGGGGCCGUCCACCUUCCACCAACAUGUCCUCAUCUUUAUCUUCUAAAGUCCCCAUGCACUCCUCUCUUGCACAUGGACAGACCAAUGGCACACUUUCCCCCAGCAGCAAACCCCGUCCCCAACCUUCCCCCACAGAUGCCCACUCACCGGCCACAAAGGCCGUUUGGACUUACAGACGGACACACCCUCCUCUGGGCCACUCAUCACCUCCAGACCCCUCCUCCACCACCAAUUCCCACAGCCGAGCCAGCAUGGGGGACUCGGGACUGCACGGGCAGGGCAGUGGGCGGGGCUUUGAGCACCAGGGAGUGGUGAAGAAACGCAAGGGGGGUAGUAUGGAGGAUCACUCACCCUCCUCCAAACCCUCAGCCCACCGCCUGACUUCCUCCUCCUCCUCUUCUUCCAGCUCUGCCACAUCCUCUCCACGUUCUAACUUCUACCCCUGGAAGGACAAUAAAAGCGGGGGGCUUUCGGGGGGUGUGGAGAAGAAACUGGGCACACAGAAGCCAAAACUGCACCAUUAAGUGUGCCUGCCUUACAAGCCACGAUGAGGGAGCCAGCUCUGCUCAGUCCAGGACUGAGCCAACAGGACUGUGUGUCUGUGUGUGCAUUUUCUGUUGACCUGUUGAACUAAGCUCAUGUAUGAAUGUGACAGGUUGUGUUUCUAUGUGCAGUGUCAGUGCAGUAUGAUCUGUGGGUAUGAACUGCAGCGGGGUGUUUAGGUCUGGGUGAAUGUCUGAAAGAGGGUGGAAGGAAGUUCAGAGUAUGGAUUUAGAAAUACCUCAAGACCAUCCAGUUAUGCUGCUAAAUUAUGUUGGUUUACAAA